AUGGCCACGUCGAUGGCAUUGAUGCACUGCGCCGCUAUAGUCUACUACCUUGGUACCAGUAUCAAUACUAUUGACUGGCAAAGCAAGAACCGCCACAUGGUGGGUGGCGUCUCCAGAGGCUCUGCCACUGGACAGGCGUUGGACCUGCAGUGGCACAAGUCUAGCAGGACCCAGCAGGGCCAAACAAGGCACAAGGCCCAAUCGUCAAGCGGCAGCCAACCACUGAGUGCCGCUCCCUUUGAGACCCCCAUCCACACGCGGCAAAGUCGAAAACCAAAACACAUUUCCGAGCUUGCUCACCUUUGGGUGUCCCAUAUCGACAUGGAGAGGGUGCAGCAUCGCCUCGUCUUCUCCGCCGCGGGCAUCAUGCUGUUUGGAUCCGCCUGGCUGCUACCCUCGCAAGCCAUGGCGGCCUCGAACCCCAUGACGACCGAUAUUCGCCAUCUGAAUAUACUGCCUCGCAGGAAUGAUACUGUUACUACUUCGAAAGCGCAAGGACAGUCGGGCAUCGGCCUCAUCACAUUUGUCACCUCGAUUGCUACAGCCCUAGUCAUCUUCGGCAUCCAAAUAUCUCUAUUUGCGCUCCUUCGCAAUAAGCUUGCACGCAUUUUUAAACCGAAAACAUAUCUUGUCCCCGAACGCGAGAGAACGGAGCCGCCCCCGAACAACUUCUUCGCCAUGAUCAGAACCGUGAUUCGUUUCAAAGACCGCGAAAUCAUCAAAAAGUGUGGCCUCGAUGCCUACUUCUUCUUGCGCUACCUCAAAACCCUUCUCAUCAUCUUCAUACCCAUCUGUGGCGUCGUUCUGCCCAUUUUGAUCCCGCUCAACUACAUUGGAGGUCUUGGACAGCGGAUUGACAUGAGUGCCGACAACAACACCGCCAAUGAUAAAAAUGUUACCGGCCUAGAUACGCUGGCCUGGGCCAACAUCCGCCCCGAGAACACUGGCCGUUACGUGGCCCAUCUUGUGCUGGCUAUCUUGGUGGUCAUAUGGAUCUGCGUCGUCUUUUUCUUCGAGCUCAAGGCCUACAUCAAAGUUCGACAAGAUUAUCUUACUAGUGCCGAGCAUCGUUUACGAGCCUCCGCCACUACCGUACUUCUCAACUCCAUACCCAAGAAGUGGCUCAGCGAAGACGCGCUCCGAGGACUUCUUGACGUCUUUCCGGGAGGGGUCAGGAAUGUGUGGCUGAAUCGUGACAUGACCAAGCUUCUAGACAAGGUGAACCUUCGCGAACAGAUUCACGCUGCCCUGGAAAACGCAGAGACAGAGCUCAUAAAGGCCGCCAAGAAGGCUCAACUCAAGAAACAGAGGAAGGACGAGAAAAUGGAACGCAAGAAACUGAAGCUGGUCGCGCUUACCAGAAAAGAGAAGGCCGCCAGAAAUGCGAAGCGAGACGAGGAAGCCAAAGAGCUCGCAAACAGCGGAGAGGGUGAGGAUGCUGGCGAUGCGCACGAAAUUCCCCACACAGUCACUGCUGCUGUUGAGGAGUCCGCUCUAGAAAUCGAUGAAAAGAAACAUCACAUUCACGGUGAUGACUAUGACACAGACCACGGCGGCAUGCGCAAUCCCCUGGCCGGCCUUACCAAAACAACAGCCAAAGUUGCAGGCGAGCUAAGGAACGUGGCUAGCAAGUCCGGCAAGGGAAUUGAAGAUGGGCUCGGCACCACGCAUGGCUUUGCACCGCUGUUCUCAAAGAGCAAGAAGAACUUGCCCCUUUCUUCUCAGCGCCCGGGAACGACUGAUUCUCAGGCAACUCAUACACCUGAUGGCUCCAGUGCCUUUGCGACAGCCACUAGCGCCAUUAAGGACGGUGAUGGCAUGGAGGGCCAGACCGUGAGUGGUAACACGGUCAGGAAAUCAGACAAGAACGAUUUUAUGGAUAACCGAAGAAACCGAUUUUGGCAAUUUUGGAAGCCUCCAUCUGGUGCAUACGCCUCGCCCGUCCCUCAAAGCUCUGAAGCCGAAGAUUAUAUGUCCGCCGGUCAGCAAGAGCACAAGACGUCUUGGCAAACGGUAAAAGGCUUCAUUCCGUUCAUGGGCAGCGAGGAUAAAGAAGUGACUUAUCCCGAGGCAUUCAACCCAGAGAAUGAUGACACGGAGGAAGAAGAUGCUGAAUGGCGUAAAUAUCUUAAGAAGAAGCACCGCCCAACGCAUCAUCUCCCUCUGUUCGGCGUCACCUGGCUUUUCGGAAUUCCUGGGAUUACGAAAAAGGUCGACACAAUAUACUACUGCCGAAAGGAACUUGCACGUCUCAAUCUUGAAAUAGAAGAGGACCAAAAGCACCCCGAACGCUACCCGCUCAUGAAUUCGGCCUUUGUUCAGUUCAACCAUCAGGUUGCGGCACACAUGGCUUGUCAAAGUGCCGUCCACCACCUCCCUCGCCACAUGGCCCCCAGAAUUAUUGAAAUAUCGCCCCGAGAUGUUGUCUGGGACAAUAUGGCCAUAUCUUGGUGGGGGGAAGGUCUGCGUGCCUUCAUUGUUAUUGGAAUUGUGUGCACCAUGGCCUUUCUAUGGGCUAUUCCAGUGGCUUGGACGGCGGCGGUAAGCCAGCUUGACCAGCUGAUCCAAGACAAUAACUGGCUGAAAUUCCUCAAAGCGAACAACGAUAUCCUGAACUUUGCCAAGAUUGUUGCUGGUGUGUUGCCUGCCACUCUCUUGGCGCUUCUGCUGGUUUUGGUGCCACUCAUCUUAAACUUCCUCGCGGGUAUUCGAGGUGCCAAGACUGGAACGCAAAAAACCGAAUUUGUCCAAUUUUUCUACUUUGUCUUCUUGUUCCUUCAAGUUUUCCUGGUUGUUUCAAUUGCCUCCUUCUUCGCAGCGUCGCUCGACAAGUUCGUCGUCAACAUUCGAGAGCAGUUGAACUCUGUCCAGAGUGUAUUGAACCUCCUGGCCAAUAACCUCCCGAAGGCAGCCAAUUAUUUCUUCUCAUACAUGGUGCUGCAAGCCUUGACUACUAGCUCUGGUACACUGCUGCAGGUUGUUUCUCUCCUCUUCUGGUUUGUCAUUGGGCCCAUGUUUGACAGCACUGCACGAAACAAGUGGGCGAGAAACACGAACCUCAACAAUGUACAGUGGGGAGCCUUCUUCCCUGUGUACACGAACUUUGCCUGUAUCGCGAUUUUUUACUGCGUCAUUUCACCUUUGAUUUCCAUCUUUGCAGUUGUUACUUUUGGCCUGUUGUGGCUUGCGCAGCGCUACGCAAUGGUCUACGUCUAUCGCAUGGAGCGCGAUACUGGCGGCGUCCUAUACCCACGCGCCAUCAAUCAGACUUUUACCGGUCUGUAUUUUAUGCAGCUGUGUAUGGCGGGACUCUUCUUUAUUGUCAAAGACGAAAACGACACACGCCCCUGCAUUACACACGGUGUCAUCAUGUUGGUCGUCAUGCUUUUGACCAUGCUUUAUCAGUAUCUUCUAAACCAAUCCUUCUCGCCACUAUUUCGCUAUCUGCCCAUCACCUUUGAAGACGAAGCCGUUCUCCGUGACGAGGCAUUCCAGCGCGCCCAAGACUCCCGUCUGGGCGUUGACGAAGACGAUGAAGAGGAUCUUAAGGAGUUACCAGACCUCCGCGAGAAGUCGCCAUCUUUCAUUGAAGGUGAAGAGGGCAUCGAACUGAAUACUAUGCAACAGGAGAACCGUCGUCCAGGCGGUCUGCUUUCUCUCAAGCCGAUGAAGCAAGUUGGUUCGUGGGCUGUGGAAGGUAGCAAGCAUGUGGGCGGAUGGGCCAAGGGGGGAGGCAACCAGCUGUUGCGUCUGACCAAGGCCGACCGCAACUCUCAGGCCGCACAGUACCGCCGACAGCAGCGGAAGAGGGAUCUCGAGGCACAGCGCGCAAUGGGUAAUGCCCUUUUCGGCGGUGUCCAUGACGAAAUCGAAGAUCUGACGGUGGACGAGAGAGAUAUGCUAACACGGCACGCCUUUCUACACUACGCCCUGCGAGCCCGUCGUCCUGCCGUUUGGAUCCCCCGCGACGACCUAGGCAUCAGCGAGGAUGAGAUCAAGCGCACGCGCGCGUUCAGCAAGCACAUUUGGAUCAGUAACGAAGGCACAGCGCUCGAUAGUAAAGUGCGCGUGAUCUACGGCAGGCAUCCGCCCGACUUUUCCGAGGUUGACCUGAUUAAUCUCUAA